CCGUAGACGCAAAGGGGAAGGGCUAAAGAGGGACAGUAGAAUGGUUCGAUUGUACGCCAUUAGCGUGUUCUACAAGCCAGAUCUCUCCAAGGCUAUAGAGAAGAAGGCGGCCUAUGAGCUCUCCUCUUUCGGUUUCUUCAAUCGCUCCAGUGUGAGGGAGUUCAUGGCCUUUACUAGUGAAGUAUUGGCCCAGAGGACGAGCACUGGAGAGAGGAGGACAGUGAAAGAGCAAGAGUACAGAUGUCAUGUGUAUGUGAGGUCAGACUGCCUGGCCUGUGUGGUGAUAGCAGACAGUGACUAUCCUCCCAGAGUUGUGUUCACCCUCAUGAGCAAGGUCUAUACUCACCUCUAGAACACACACACCACGCCAGCGGGCGCACCCACACUCACACAGGGCAGCUGUUCUCACUAUAGAGUCUGCUGACUGGCCCUGUGUGACCAGAUCAGCUUCCAUUGUGUGGUGCUGUGUUGGCAUAGUAAUAAUAUGUAGAGCACCAUGUGUAGGUACACCGGCUCCCUAUUAGCUGACGGUGCACCGUGAUCAUCAUCUAUCACUGUUUUCUCAGGUCUUAGAAAUGUUCUCCUCCGACUUUCCCCAAAGCUCAUGGAGUCAGAAGUCAAGGUAGACAAUAGACAUGACAUCAGGAUGUUUUUACCUAAUGCAACAAGAUGUGGUUACUUACACUACCUGGUGCAUUACGCACUACCUGUUGCGUUAUGUGAUGAGGUAUCCUCUGGGGAAUGUUCCCUUGUUAUGAAAUGAUGUACGAAUGUGCAUUCCUUGUUGUGUAGUGACCUGUCCUAUCCCCCUCUG